AUGACAGCAAUGAGCAUAGCGACAACAGGAGACUUUAUUGUCAUGGCCCCUUCCAAGAGUGGUAACGGCUUCCGUUGUGUGGCAUAUGUUGUACGACACUCGCCCAUGAGGGACGUGGUCCCACUGCUGUCACUGACGUUACUGGCGGUGAGCGACGCCCAUGUGGCGCUGACGUUCCCUGAGGCGCGAUAUCCGGCGCUAGACUUCCUCGACACCUCGCGAACGAUGGGACCAUGUGGUGUGCCAAAACAGCGUCAACCACAUUACACCAGCUUAUCGGUCGGCAGCACUUACAACUUCACAUGGAGAAUGCAGUACCCACACCAGGGCGGCUACAGGAUAAUUCUCGUGGACAAGGACGGAACCACCGUUGAAGAACUCGCUCCCGUCAAUGGAAUCGAAUUCGCUGGAACUGAUGAUCAGACAUCGCAAUCGCAGAAUGUUCGCUUCACUCGUGCCUGCUCGGAGUGUACGGUUAUACUCGAACGGCAAGCACUGGAAUGGGGAAAGAGUUAUCGAUUCAGGAGUUGUGCUGAUGUCAAUGUCUUAGAAACAAUACCU